AUGUCGACCCCUCAAGACAUCGUUAUAAAUGACAGGCUGGACCUGAAAGGCGCCCUCGCCCUCCUCCAGGCUCCUCACUGCGCCUCUGCCACCAGCAUCACUCUGUCAAACCUCCACUGGGAUGUCCUCUCACUCGGCGACACACAGACCCCAGUCCCGGAGCACCGGACGCCGUGCCCCCGCCCGCUGGAGAUCGCGAACAUCCUGAAGAAUGGUCUCACCAGGCUCAAAAAACUCCAGCGGCUCGUCCUGGUUGGCAACGACCCGUUCACGCUCCUCCCAUUCAUCCAGCAGCCGCCUUUACUUGUUAGCCUUGACAUCACGCGGACGGACCCGGAGCCGGAGAGGUGGUGGACGGACGACUACGACAUUCUCGCGAAAUUUAUGGUGAAGUACAGCAUGAACAAGGAUGGUCCGCCUAGGAUGGGCUCUCAGCCGAGGGCGCGAGAGUCGUUCGUCCUCUUGCGCGUGUACGACGUCCUCCUCGCGGACCCGGCGAACGUCCGUGCGUUCUUCCGCGCUAAUGGCAUCUCGUGCAUCACGCACGUCGAGCUGCACUUCUCCCUCUCGACGCCACAGCCCCGACGCACAGGCGCCGGUGCCACUGACCCCGAGGAAGACUACGUGCGCGCGCUCCAAGAUGUUCUGACACACAAGCCUAUCGCCACCCGGGAGACGUUCAUGAGCUCGACAUGGGGGGUGUACCAGAACCAUGACUACCGGAUUGGCAGGUACGGUGGUUUCCCUGCAGGGAGACGGGUGGAUGGCCUGCAUAUCGGCUGGCAUCUCAGGUGGGACCAGGGGAUGAAGCAGUGGGUGAAGGACGAGGCGCGUGAGAAUUUCUUGCUGUUGGAAUAUACGAAAGGGCAGGUGUCGGUCAAGAGGAGUGGGCCGGAUGGGGGCACUAUGGUCGUUGUUAGUGAUGGAGUUACACUGAGAAGCAGAGUGGGCGCACCUCAGGUGAUGAGCCGCAUUUCAUAA